AGGUCCCUUCCAACGCAAGCCAUUCUAUGAUCCUGCCCUGGAAGGGGUGAGGGGGGAGCAGCUCCCAGCCGUAUUUGCCACGCCCUUGCUGGCUGCCCUGUGCUUGCCAGGGUUUAAGGACAUUAGUCAUAGAAAGGACUGGACUUUCGAGUGCCUGGGGAUGUGUCCAGGAGAGGUGCACCAGCUGCUUUUUGGGUGGUUUCCCUUGCAUUGGGACAGAAACUGCUGCUCCCAGCUCUUUGGCAGCGGUGCUGCUGGUAAAUGAUUGCCAAGGCGGGGCUGGAGGUUGGUGCCGGAUUUGAACCCAGGCAGGUGCCUGGGACUGGUGUGCCGGCAGCCAUUGUGCUCCCACACCCGGCAGUGUUCGGGAACCCCCGGAACUUCCAGGCUAGACCACCCGUCCUGCAAUGACCCAGUGCACCUGAGGCCCGGCAGCCGUGGGGAUGGAGCUGAAGGUCUGGGUGGAUGGGAUCCAGAGGGUUGUCUGUGGCGUCUCAGAGCAAACCACCUGCCAAGAAGUGGUUAUCGCCUUGGCGCGGGCCAUAGGUCAGACGGGCCGCUAUGUGCUGGUGCAGAAGCUGCGGGAGAAGGAGCGGCAGCUGCUGCCACUGGAAUGCCCCUUGGAGUCGCUGGCCAAGUGCGGGCAGUAUGCCAACGACGUGCAGUUUGUGCUGCGCCGGACAGGCCCCAGCGUGGCCGAGCGGCCCUCCUCAGAGGGUGCUCCCCAAGCCCCCGAGAGGACGUUCAUCCGGGCCAGCUUGCCCAUCAAGCCCAGGCCUGCCAGCACGGAUGCACCCCGUUCCCGGGAGCCAAAAAAAUCCAUGACCUUCAACUUGGGUCCUGCAGGUGACCCCUUUGCCAUGAGCCGCUGGAGGCACCAAGCACGGGAAGGGAUGGACUUGGAGGGUGGUGGGGUUCUCCAGCCUUCCAAGGAGGAGCUGUUUAGGAGGGUGCUGCGGCAACAGGAGCAGCUGCAUUCCUUGGAGGCCCAUGGGGACACGCUGGAGAUGGACCUACGGCUCUGGGAGCGUGGCCGGUUCUCAGGUCAGGAGGAUGAGAUCCUCUACCUAGAGCACCUGGUGCGGAGGAAUGAGACAGAGCUGGGUGAGGAGGAGUUUUGGCAGACUGAGCUCCGGCUGGAGAAAGAGUGUGAGCGGGAGCGGCAGGAGCGCGUUAGGAGCCUCCGGGCCAGUCUGGAGGAGUACACCCAGAGGAUCUACGAGCUGAGCGCCCGGACCGAAGCCCUGCAGGAGGAGAUCCAGUGGGAGAUGGCAGAGAGAGCCAAGAGGGGGAAGGAGAUCCCUGUGCCCAGUCCCACGGAGCUGGAGGACAUGGCUGCCAAGAUGAAGAGGGACCUAGAGGCCAAGGUCAAGCAAGGGACCCAGCUGGAGAGCAACCUGGCCAGUGUGGAGAAGGCCCUGGAGGAAGCUGAAAGGAACCUGCAGGCCCAGACCCAAGAGCUGGAGGAGUUAAAUAAGGAGCUGAGGCAGUGUAAUUUGCAGCAGUUUAUUCAGCAGACGGGGGCCACGGUGACCGUCCUGCAGGCCAGGUCCGAGGAGGAUGCCCAGCCGGAGCCGAGCCAGUGCGAGCUGCCAGCCUACCGGAGAAACGGAGGUUUUCCUCCCACUACCGGCGCAGACUCACCUCCCCAGGCCAGCACCAAACAGCUCCUCGGCCAUCCCAGGACCCUGCCAGAGCCACUGGUGUCCAGCCUGAGCCCUGAGGUUGUAUCAACCAGGCAGAGCAUCUGGAGGUAGAAGGGCCUGGCCAGCAAAGGAUCAAUUGCCUUGCAAGUGUAACUGUAUAAAUAAACCAUAUUUUAUAUAUAUAUAUUUUUUUUUUUUACUGCUUUAUAUUGUGAAUGGAUGUGGACGGCCAGAGUAUUUUUACAGACUGUAAAAUAAAACCAGAGACCAACGACACAAAGCAACCCUCCUCCCUGUGGAUGGAAGCAACCUCCUUCGAGUUCUAUUUUUUAAGAGCUUUCUAUAUCCAACAGAAAACAGCGGUGCUCCCUUUCCACGCAGCCUCCUCAAGACCCAUCGUCCAUUUGGAAAAGUCCUUGCUCUUUUGACUAGGGGAGUGAAGCUGCAGUGGAGACCUGCCUGGAGACUCACCUGGAUGGAGCAAGUUAACAGAUUUUACAGCACCUCUCUGCAGCAAGUGGGGCCAUGACAAACAGCUUCUUCAUGGGCUACAGGGAGUGAACAAGAGCAGCUCUAAGACAAAUUUUUGCUCCCCUCUUUUAUAAGAAAUCUGUAGUAGAAACCCCUUUAUCACAGUGCCAUGGACCAGGCUUUAGGGGAGCAGGGAGCACACAGCAGGGGCUUGUUUUUCUUAAAUCCCCUUAAUUUUUCAACCUGUUUCUAAAGUACAGUCCUUGAACAAGCCCUUCCCCAGUGGCAGUGCAGAUGGGGAGCAGGACCAAAGCGCACUUGGUCACAUUUCACUGAUUUAUAGUUUGGUUUUCCCUUUGAUGGCCAGUAGUUACUCUCGGGUGUUGUUCAUCUGUCCCCGUGGGUCGCCUUGUAUUUUAAUUGCAAAACCAAAGUGGUCUGGGGAGGGGAUGGGUUUGUCGAGGAGGUUUUCAACACAUCGUAUGCAAAAACUGUGACUCGGGCACCCCACUUUCCCCUACGAAUGUAACCCGGUGUGCCGCGGUUUCCGUCUUCAAUAAAUCUUUGGGAAAGGACUUGA